AUGCCAGUUGUUGUAGAAUCAACAUCAGAGAAAGCCAAGGAGCCAGAGAAGCCAGCUGGAGAGGCGGUGGCUGAGCAAUCCCCACAAUUGGUUGCAAGGACACCACCUCCAUUCCCUCAAAGACUGCAGAAAUUACAAGAUAAUGCCACAUAUAAAAAGUUUCUUGAUAUCUUGAAGCAGGCACAAAUAAAUAUUCCAUUGGUUGACAUCUUACAAGAAGUACCCAAAUAUGCAAAGUACAUCAAGGACAUUGUGGCGAAUAAAAGGAGGCUGACCGAGUUCGAGACUGUGGCACUCACCGAGGAGUGCAGUUCCAGAAUUCAAGGCAAGUUACCUCAGAAAUUGAAGGAUCCAGGUAGUUUCACUAUCCAAAUCACGAUUGGUAAACAUGCUGUUGGGCGAGCUCUAUGUGACCUUGGAGCAAACAUCAAUUUGAUGCCGCUAUCUAUAUUCAGACAGUUGGGGUUGGGUGAACCACGCCCAACAACAGUUAUCUUACAGUUAGCUGACCGCUCCCUUGCCCAUCCUGAGGGAGUGAGUGAAGAUGUGCUAGUUCAAGUAGGGUCUUUCAUAUUCCCAGCUGAUUUCAUCAUCCUGGAUUACGAGCCUGAUCAGGAAGUCCCAUUUAUUUUGGGGCGCCCAUUCUUAGCCACGGGCCAAGCUAUUAUUGAUGUUUGUGAAGGAAAGAUGACGAUGAGAGUGGGUGACCGAGUGGAGGUCUUCAAUGUUUAUAGAGCACUCAAGUUACCAGCCCAUUAUGAAGAGUUAUCCAUGAUCUUUGUGGUGGAAGGUGAUGCCACAUCGUUAGUACCCUAUAUGAGCCCUGCAGAUCCUGUUGAACGAGUAUUGAUUGGGGACGUAGAAAAUAGUGAAGAUGAAAGGAUGGGAGAAAUUGAGCAAGUGUUGGAUAUGUCAUGCAGUUAUGUACAUGGGGUUAGAAAAUUUGAAGAGCUGGACAGGCCUGUCACUCUGACCCUCCCCAGGCCAUCUAUUGAAGAAGCUCCGAAGCUAGAACUCAAGCCACUUCCAGCGCAUCUGCGCUAUGCUUAUUUGGGGAACUCAGAGACACUGCCCGUGAUUAUUUCAUCCAGCUUGACCAGCACUCAAGAAGAAAAAUUGCUCAGAGUCCUCCGCGAGCAUAAAAAGGCCAUUGGGUGGACUACAGCUGACAUCAAGGGCAUUAGUCCAUCAUUUUGCAUGCAUAAAAUCUUUCUAGAGGAUGGAUACCGCCCCAGUGUAGAACAACAAAGGAGAUUAAAUCCCAUUAUGAAAGAGGUGGUGAAAAAGGAAGGAGGAAUGACUGUAGUUGAGAACGAGAAGAAUGAGCUAAUCCCCACUCGCACUGUUACGGGCUGGAGAGUCUGCAUUGAUUAUAGAAGGCUCAAUAAGGCAACUCGCAAGGAUCACUUCCCACUCCCAUUCAUCGAUCAAAUGCUAGACAGGCUGCUUGAAAAAGAUGUCACUUUCAAUUUUGAUGAUGCUUGCCUCAACGCAUUUGAGGAACUUAAAAAGAAGUUGGUGACUGCUCCCAUUAUUGUGGCACCUGAUUGUAAGACUCUUGAUGAUGCACAACUGAAUUACACCACCACUGAGAAGGAGUUGUUAGCCGUUGUGUGGGCCUUUGAGAAAUUCCGGGCAUACUUGGUGGGAACGAAAGUCAUAGUCCAUACGGAUCAUGCAGCGAUCAGGUACUUGUUUACAAAAAAGGAAUCCAAAGCUCGUUUGAUGCGCUGGGUUUUGUUGCUGCAGGAAUUUGAUGUAGAAAUACGAGAUCGAAAGGGGACAGAAAACCAAGUAGCUGACCAUCUAUCAAGGUUGGAAAAUCACGAUCACAUGGAGGAGGGUGGCCAAAUUAAAGAGGUGUUUCCUGAUGAACAACUUUUUGCUAUAACCCAAGACCCUCCCCCAUG